UGCCUAAAGACCCAAUAAGUACCCAGAUUCUAAAGGCUUUUGGCGUUGGAGAAAUGGAGGCUGAAGAGGAGCGUUUUCCUAGACUAAGGCAAGUUCUUCUUCUCUUUGUUUUGCUGGCUCACACUUGUGCGGAGCGGGAAGAUUAUUUUAUUACAGAAGAAACAGAGAGUGGUUCUUUUGUGGCCAAUCUAGCAAAGGAUAUAGGGCUAGGGGCAAGAGAGCUCUCUCGGCGGAGGGCUCGGAUCAUUUUUAACAAUGACAAAAAGCAUUUUCAGCUGAACCUUCAGACUGGAGAUUUACAAGUAAAUGAGAAACUGGAUCGGGAAGAAUUGUGUGGCCCCACUGAACCUUGUGUACUGCAAUUUCAAGUGUUACUGGAAGAACCUUUGGAGGUAUAUAGGUAUAAGCUUUUGGUCACUGACAUAAAUGACAAUUCCCCUGUGUUCCCAGAGGCAGAAAUGAUUUUAAAAAUCAUGGAAAAUACUCUUCCAGGCGCUGUGUUUCCCCUGAAAAAUGCGCAAGAUUUGGAUGUAGGUGUCAAUAAUGUUCAAAACUACACCAUUUAUCCCAACUCCCAUUUCCACGUGCUCACCCGCAACAGCGGUGAAGGCAGAAAAUACCCGGAACUGGUUCUGGACAAAGCCCUAGAUCGAGAACAGCAGCCCGAGUUUAGAUUAACUCUCAUGGCAGUAGAUGGUGGAACUCCUCCCAAAACUGGGACUACCCUGGUCCUCAUUGAUGUUUUGGACAUCAAUGACAAUGCUCCUGAGUUUGUGCAGCCACUCUAUCGUGUGCAGAUCCUGGAAAACAGUCCCCUGGGAUCUCUUAUUGUCACUGUUUCCGCUAGAGAUUUAGACACAGGAAUAAACGGUGAAGUAGUCUAUUCAUUUUUCUAUGGCGAUGAAGAGAUUACUAGGACAUUUGCACUUAAUGAACUCACAGGAGAAAUUAAAAUAAUUAGGAAAUUAGAUUUUGAAAAAAUUAAGUCAUAUGAGCUGGAUAUUAAGGCUUCUGAUGGGGCAGGUCUUUCGGGAAAAUGCACUGUCAUAAUAGAGGUGGUGGAUAUAAAUGACAACACCCCAGAAAUGACGGUGGCUUCCCUUAUAAGUUCCAUCCCUGAAAAUUCCCCUGAGACCACGAUAGCUCUUUUCAGUAUUCAAGACCCAGACUCUGGGGAAAAUGGGAGGAUGGUUUGUUCCAUCCAGGAAGAUGUGCCGUUCACUCUGAAACAUUCUGUUGAAAAUUUCUACAAGUUAGUAACAGAAGGAGUGCUAGACAGAGAGACAAGAUCUGAGUACAACAUCACCAUCACCGUCACCGACUUAGGGACCCCCAGGCUGAAAACGCAGCACAACAUAACCGUGACGGUCUCCGACGUCAACGACAACGCCCCCGCCUUCAGCCAAACCACCUACACCCUGCGCGUCCGCGAGAACAACAGCCCCGCCCUGCACAUCGGCAGCGUGAGCGCCACGGACAGGGACUCGGGCGCCAACGCCCAGGUCACCUACUCGCUGCUGCCGCCCGCGGACCCGCAGCUGCCCCUGGCCUCCCUGGUGUCCAUCAACGCGGACAACGGGCAGCUGUUCGCGCUCAGGUCCCUGGAUUACGAGGCGCUGCAGGCGUUCGAGUUCGGCGUGCGCGCGGCCGACCGCGGCUCGCCCGCGCUCAGCAGCCAGGCGCGGGUGCGCGUGCUGGUGCUGGACGACAACGACAACGCGCCCUUCGUGCUGUACCCGCCGCAGAACGGCUCUGCGCCCUGCACCGAGCUGGUGCCCAGGGCGGCCGAGGCGGGCUACCUGGUGACCAAGGUGGUGGCGGUGGACGGCGACUCGGGCCAGAACGCCUGGCUGUCGUACCAGCUGCUCAAGGCCACGGAGCCCGGGCUGUUCGGCGUGUGGGCGCACAACGGCGAGGUGCGCACGGCCCGGCUGCUGAGCGAGCGCGACGCCGUCAAGCACAGGCUGGUGGUGCUGGUCAGGGACAAUGGCGAGCCGCCGCGCUCGGCCAGCGUCACGCUGCACGUGCUGCUGGUGGACGGCUUCUCGCAGCCCUACCUGCCGCUCCCGGAGGUGGCGGCGGCCGAGGCGCGGGCCGACCCGCUCACCGUCUACUUGGUCGUCGCCUUGGCGUCCGUGUCGUCGCUCUUCCUGUUCUCGGUGCUGGUGUUCGUGGCGGUGCGGCUGUGCAGGCGGAGCCGGGCGGCGUCUGCGGGUCGCUGUUCGGGGCCCGAGGGCCACUUUCCGGGCCACCUGGUGGACGUCAGCGGCGCGGGGACGCUGUCCCAGAGCUACCAGUACGAGGUGUGUCAGGAGAGGAUCUGGGACCAAGGAAUUUAA